AUGGCUAAUCUAGCACCAACACCCAAAGAUGCCGCUGCGAAAGAGCGCAUCAUAAAACACAUGAAUGCCGACCACCAAGUCUCGCUUUCUUACUACCUACAGCACUUCAAGAAGCUGUCCGCGAGCGAAGCGCGCUCCCCUCUCCUCGAAGACGUCUCGUUCGAAUCGAUGACCGUCCGCGCAUCCAAUGGCAAGACUCACAGCAUCCCCUUCAACCCGCCCAUGAAGACCUGGGCUGAUGCGCGCGGACGCACUGUCGACAUGGACCGCGAGGCCAGAGACGCGCUCGACAUCAGCGAUGUCCGCGUCACAGAAUAUCACCGCCCUAGAAGCCCUUUCCACGUAUUCGUUUUCACCGCGUGUCUAUUUACGAUGGUUAUAUUUAUGACACGUAGCAAGAUUGUCCCCGGAACGUGGUUUUAUGAUAAGGUGCUUCCAUGGUUCCCUGGUGGCCCUGAGUGGUUCGUCUGGAUUGUGGAUAUGAUCGGCAUACCGGUCCUGGGCAUCCAUUUAACGGAGGUGUUUCUGUUGGAUAGAACGAGAUUGAGGAAAUAUGGUGUGGAAAGGGGGUCGUCGCUGUGGUGGAAGUGGAUGGCAAGCUGUUUUAUUGAGGGGUUUGGAUGUUUCCAGAGGAUUGAUGCGAUGGUACGGCGAACGAAGAAAGCGAUAGAGAAGGGAAAUCAUUAA